CCUCGGCGGGACCGUGCCUGGCGCUGGCCGCUCCUCCGGGCCUGCCGUGGGCGGGAGGAGCCGCGGGAGCUGCCGGCGCCGGUCCGGCUGUGCGGCUCGGUGAGCCCCGGGCUCGGAGUGAAGCUGCCGCGGCGGGGCGCGGGGCCGGGUCUGCAGCCGGCAUCGCCUCUCCUGCGCCGCCUCCGCCAGCAGCCUGGCCGCUGCUUCGGUGCCGCACAGAGAUCACUGCUUGAUGAGCUGCAGCUGAAAUACUUAACACUUCACACUUAUGCCAUUGGAGAUGGAGCCCAAAGCCAAUAACCUGAUUUUUGGGUGUCAGCGGAGCUCAACCUCUGAUGAUGACUCUGGCUGUGCCUUGGAGGAAUAUGCCUGGGUCCCCCCAGGCCUCAGACCAGAGCAGGUCCAGCUGUAUUUUGCCUGCUUGCCAGAGGAGAAGGUCCCUUACGUUAACAGCCCUGGAGAGAAACACCGGAUUAAACAACUCCUCUAUCAGCUGCCGCCCCACGAUAACGAGGUGAGAUACUGCCAGUCACUAAGCGAAGAGGAAAAGAAGGAGCUGCAGAUGUUCAGUUCUCAGCGCAAAAAGGAGGCACUGGGACGAGGAACUAUUAAACUGCUCUCCAGAGCAGUGAUGCAUGCUGUUUGUGAGCAGUGCGGUACAAAAGUCAACGGCGGUGAAGUUGCGGUUUUUGCCUCGAGAGCUGGGCCUGGUGUGUGCUGGCAUCCCUCCUGUUUUGUGUGCUUCACAUGCAACGAGCUUCUUGUUGACCUUAUCUACUUCUACCAAGAUGGAAAAAUUCACUGCGGCAGACACCACGCUGAACUUCUCAAACCUCGAUGUUCAGCCUGCGAUGAGAUAAUUUUUGCUGAUGAGUGCACAGAAGCUGAAGGUCGCCACUGGCACAUGAAACACUUCUGUUGCCUCGAGUGUGAAACAAUCCUGGGUGGACAGAGGUACAUCAUGAAGGAUGGGCGCCCGUUCUGCUGUAACUGUUUUGAAUCGCUCUAUGCAGAAUACUGUGAGACCUGUGGGGAGCACAUUGGUGUUGACCAUGCUCAGAUGACCUAUGAUGGACAGCACUGGCAUGCCACAGAAACUUGCUUUUCUUGUGCUCAGUGCAAGACCUCUUUGCUUGGCUGCCCUUUCCUUCCAAAGCAAGGGCAGAUCUACUGUUCAAAAACCUGCAGCCUGGGAGAGGAUGUUCAUGCCUCCGACUCUUCUGAUUCUGCGUUUCAGUCGGCUCGAUCCAGAGAUUCCCGGAGGAGUGUCCGCAUGGGGAAGAGCAGCCGGUCAGCCGACCAGUGCCGCCAGUCCCUCCUCCUGUCGCCGGCCCUCAAUUACAAAUUUCCUGGCCUUUCAGACAAUGCUGAUGAUACUCUUUCUCGUAAGCUGGAUGAUUUAAGCCUUUCAAGGGAAGAGGCAGGCUUUGUUAAUGAAGACUUCUGGAAAGGAAGAGUAGAGCAAGAAGUGCCUGAAGACCCUGAAGAAUGGGCUGAACAUGAAGACUACAUGACCCAGCUUCUUCUGAAAUUUGGUGAUAAAAGCCUCUUCCAGCAACCCACUGAAGUAGACAUUAGAUCAAGUGAACACUGGAUUUCUGAUAAUAUGGUCAAGAGCAAGUUGGACUUGAAAAAAAAUAAUCCAAGCCUAGCAAGUAAGAAGUAUCAAUCAGACAUGUACUGGGCCCAGUCACAAGAUGGUUUGGGAGACUCUGCAUAUGGCAGCCACCCAGGCCCUGCCAGCAGCAGGAAAAUCCAGGAGCUAGACAUGGAACACGGGGCCUCAGGAUACAAACAUGACCAAGCACCAUGGUAUGGAGGUUCACUCGAAUGUUUGUCUGACCUGAAACAGCAAGAACAAAGUGUUCGAGACUCAAUGGAUUCCUUGGCUUUGUCUAACAUAACAGGGGCUUCAAUGGAUGGAGAAGGCAAGCCACGGCCAUCUCUCUACUCUUUGCAAACUUUCCAAGAACUGGAGGUGGAGGACUGUGAGAAGAUGAGCAACAUGGGAACUCUGAAUUCUUCAAUGCUCCAUCGGAGCACUGAGUCCUUGAAGAGCCUGAGCUCAGAGUUGUGUCAGGAAAAAGUGUUGCCAGAGGAAAAGCCAGUGCAUGUGCCUGUACUGAGACGAUCGAAAUCGCAGUCUAGACCACAACAAGUGAAGUUCUCAGAUGAUGUUAUUGAUAAUGGAAGUUAUGAGAAUCUUGAAAUACGUCAGCCUCCCAUGAGUGAAAGGACUCGUAGGCGUGUUUACCAUUUUGAAGAGCGUGGAAGUCGGCCUUCUCACCAUCGCAGAAGGAGCAGGAAGUCUCGUUCAGAUAAUGCACUUAACUUGGCCACAGAAAGAAGAUGCUCUCCAAGAGAGAGAUUUCGUUAUUACUCCCCUCAGGAUCACGAAAAAUUUAUUCAGAAUAGAAGCUCACGUGAGCUUCGGGCCUAUAUUCAAAAUGCAGAGCUGUACGGACAAUAUGCCCAUACCAGGUCUGACUACGCACUGCGGAAUCAGGUGGUUGAUAAGUUCUUUGGAUUGUAUGGUGAGGAAGAUGACUCCUGGUGUUCAACUUCAUCCUCAUCAUCUGAUUCUGAAGAGGAAGGAUAUUUUCUAGGACAGCCAAUUCCACAGCCACGGUCAUUGAGAUAUCCAUACUACACAGAUGAUCUUUCUGGUCCAACUACUGCGUUAUCCAGUUCCCAGUUUGGACAAAGGACAACCAAAUCAAAGAAGAAGAGGGGACACAAAGGAAAAAAUUGUAUUAUAUCUUAAUUAAUUACUAGUAUUUCUCAAUUGGGAGGACCAGUCAAUUCUGUAGCUACAGUUUGAACCACAUCUUUUUUAUAUUAAUAACUGUACUUAGGCAAGUUGCUGAAGUUCAUAAUGCUUUGCCACUGUAAAUGAUAACUGUGCCAGAGUUUACAUUGUAAAAGUAAAAGUUCAGAAAUGUCACCACGCCAAAUGAUCUGCUCAGAUACUGCUAAGGUUUACAUUCUGUGUUUCAGCUGUCAACUUAAUACUGCAGUCCUUAAUACAGAGUUUUUGUAGACAUUUUAUUUUAUGCUCACUAUUCACCUACGUUGAAUUAUGUGAGAGAGAGGAUUCGACAAAGAUGAAUAAAUAAAAAUGUCAAUCCUGUGCUGUAGCUAUAGACACACGGGGUGAUCUUUGACUUCUUCCUCUUGCUGCCAAGAAAAAGAAGGCUCUGUACCGUGCCCUUUCUUCGUUGAUAAAGCUCACUCUUCCUUAUUCAAGUUUCCAUACAAAAACUGGAUUCUUUUUAUGUGGGAAAGUACUCCUUAAGAAAGCAAAAAUCAUAAUGUGGGAGCUGAAAUGCUUGAAGCCUUGAUGUAUCCUAAAGCAGCAGUGAAUGUUUUGUACGUUUAACUUUCAUGCUUUUCCUCUACAAUUUUUUGAGAAAGUGUGAGGCGGCUAAUUUUGGUUUGGGGUUUUUUCAUGCCUGUUUAAAGGAAGAUACUAAUUCAGCUUCAGGAAUUGGACUUAGCUGCCAAUGAGAGGUGAUGUUUUUUCUGCCAUGCCCCCCACCCCUCAGCAGUGAGAGAGGUGCCACUGCUGGAGUCCUUUGCUCAGGCAUGUAACCCCAUUUAAGUCAAUGGAUCUACUUACGUAACAAGUAUUUUCAUAUGGGCUUAAAGGAUUAGGCUCCAGAAUUGUCUUUUCACAUGCAUUAUCCAGGUUUUAAAAUGUAUUAGCUGCAAUUCUAAGUAAAAAAAUGUUGAUAUUUAUAAUGUAGUAUUUCAUAGGCUUAAAUGUAUUCAUAAUUUAACAGUGCAAAUACUAAUGUACAUAUUGUACAGUUAAAAUUUUAAAAUCUGAAUAUUUUUAUAUCCCUGAAUUUGAAGAAGUUUGUUACAAUAUCAAACUAGAUUUGUUAGGGGUUUAACAGCAGUGUUAUGGAUGAAAUAUUGCUUGUAUUUUAGUCAGGGGGUUUAAGUUGAAAAAUGUUCAGUGCAAAACAGCUUAAUUUUGUCUACUAGGUAUUAAAAGCUCUAUAUGCAUGGUGGGGCUAUGUAAAUACUCUCUACGGCCCUCUUAAUCUUGCAAGUAUUAUUUAUGGGUCAAGCAAAAUGUAAACUAUAUAAAUGUAAAAACCACACAAGCUUGGAAUAUAUCAUUACAACCAGUAUGCAA